AUGCGCGCAGCCUGCGCCCAAGACGAGGGGGAGGAUAUUGAAAACAAAUCGGAAGAGUCGUUGCCACUUGACAUAACUUCGAAUUCCUCGGAUUCUGGAUGUGUUCGAGCUGAAAAUUGUCAGUCCAGUCAGUCGCAGCCACUGGAACAGCCCGAGGUCAAUAAUAAUGCGGCCAAGAACAGUCUAGUCGACCAGUCGAGAAGCUUUCUGGCCGAUUUGUUGGAAGUGUCACUGCCUGUUCAGAACGGACUGGACAAAGCUAGAGUGUAA